UGUGGUGGAGUUGGUGAUUUGUUUCUUCUCCAUCUGGUCUAUUUUGGGCCUCUCAGGCUUCCAUACUUACUUGAUAGCUUCCAACCUCACAACAAAUGAAGAUAUAAAGGGCUCCUGGUCAAGUAAACAGGGUGCAGAGGAUUCUGGGAACCCGUACACUUACAACAGUAUAAUCACAAACUGUUGUGCAACAUUAUGUGGACCCAUGUCCCCAAGUUUGAUCGACAGACGAGGUUUCCUUCCUGACGAAGCGAUUCCCGUCGUUUCAGCCUCAGAGAUCGAGCUGCCUCCCUUCACAGCCAAGAACGACUCUCACAUGUGCACUCAGAGCACCAAGGACGUGCUGGAGAGGGUGGUCAACUCCUUCGACUCCCACAGCCUGUGUCCUCCUGGGACACCAAAGACCAGUCCUCUCAGUGUGGAGGUCUCCAGCGCCACAGCACCUUCAGCAGAAGCUUCACCCUUGGCCGGCUGCUCAAGGCAGCAGGACGGCCAGCCUGUGGCUGCUUCCUGCCCACCGUUCAGUAGAAACAGCAAGAGGGACUCGCUGCACUCCAUUAACCCGGCCUUCCGACUGGCUUCUCCCUCCCCGUCGAUGACUCGCGCCACUUUAAUUCUGGGCGAUGUACCGGACCUUGGCUUUAUCCCACUUCCCUGAGUUUUAAAGAACCCGAGGUGUUGCUGAACCUGUUGCUGCUCUGCAUCUCUGGCAGUGUUUCCUGCUAUACAAACUUUUUCAUAGUGGUGGUCAUGCUGUGUAUUUCAUUUGGUAUCUCAAGAUGUCACUGAUGAGUUAAAUUAGCAUUACCUGAAGGGUCUUUAUGUUCUGUGAGUUUUAGCAGCCCUGUCAUUCGCUAUUUUUUACUGUUUGGUGUCUCCACACUGGAGGUAUAUCUUAGUAAUACUUUGAAGCACAAUAUAGAGAUAUUUUUUUAACACCUUUUUACAAAAAUGCCCACAAACAUGCCUCCACACCUUCCACAGAACACAAAGCCAUACAUCACAGCUACAGUGUUUCAUCAGUUCUUGAUCAUAUCUUUAUGUAAACGGGUCUGUUGAUACUCAAAAUACAAAUGUGGAUGCAAGAGGAACAGAAGCAAAAGUAAAGAUUUACUGAAGCUGCAUGCUUAGAUAGGGAGUCAGUUUACGACUUAGUCUUAUGUCAUGACUGAGCAAUCUGAGUUGGAAUAGGGACAACAUGUUGUUGGUUUUAUUUUUCAUGUACACAUAUGGAGGUUUCUGCUGUAAAAUCUGUGAACAGUUCUGAGUGACUUGAACACCUGAUGAACUCUGAGACUAAAUGGUAAAUUGCUUGAUGUGUGGGCCAUCACUUUAGGAGACUUCAAAUAAGGAGAAGAGGCUGAAUGAAUGCGGCACAGCUUUUUCAUUUUAUGACUGAAUAGUAAUCGUCAGAAAUGUGUAGCCUUAGUUUCCACACAUAUGAUCACAUCUACUUUGUUGCUUUGUCAUAUACAUUAUACCAAAAUCAAAUUAGCUUCUGCCAAGCACGGUUUUGGAUUGAAGUAUUAAUAACUGGGAUGCUUUCAUCUAUGGAAUUAUCUGUUUUGUUGACUGUACGCUGCCUGUCACUUGUGUGUUGGUGGUUACAUUACAGGCUGAAGGUAUGGACUGUGUAAGUCAGGGUUAUGUAGGAAUGUUGAUUAUGAGGCCAGUUUAAGUGCAGGACAAGUUGUCAUUUUCAUAGCUGUGACCUUUUCCUGUUAAACCUGAAACUUAACCCUCCAACUGAGAGAGUAGAAGGCAGGAGUUAGGCUGUGCCACUAGGGGGCAGCAUGUAAAUAAAGAUGGUACGCUAUAGUCAGAACAUAAUUCAGUUUAACCAUAAAAGAAAGGCCUUUUUUAUGUUUUUAUUUCUUUUUCUUAUUGAGCAUUACAUCUGUACAUAGGAUGGAUCCGUGAAAAUACUUUUUCCAUAGUCACUGGUAGCUUAUUUAUCAGUAUGCAUCAUAACCCUUAGGUUGUGUAAUAUUACAAGCAGUGCUUGUAUGAACAAACUUGUUUGAAUUUUGUAGGAUGUAACAGUGGAACUGUAACAUUUGGUCAAUAAAAAUAUCAGCUUCGUUGAA